CUUUGUUGUGUGUAUUUCAGUAAUAACUUGGGUAUAUUUAAAAUAUUUAAUAUCAGUUGAUAUACUUGGUGUGACUGUAAAAAUGUCUGCCCCACUUUCACUGCAAGACCAAGAAAAGGAAUUUAAUAAGCUGGCAAAUGAGCAAGAAAGAGCUCGUUUGGAGUCUGGUGAAAGUUUGCAUGGUGGCUGUGAUAAAUUGGCGGCUGAACUAGACAAGAAGCCGGAAAAUGAAGGGGCUUGUGGAGGUGCCUCAUGUCUUUUCCCCCCACCUUCAUACAUGCAACAAUCUCAUGCGUCUGCUGAUCCAAAUCCACUUGGUGACAUUUCCGCAAAAGAAGAUGAAAGAAAUAAUGUUAUAAGUUAUGCGGUCGGAAUGCCUAGAAGUGAUUUCUGCAGCACCAAGCUGAGACAUCUACGUUUCGACUCACGCAGACAGCUGGGUUUGCAUCUUGACCCUGAAAGAGCCACAGUUCAAAACUGGAAAUCUUUGGCUGAUUUAAUGGGCUUCUCUAACCUCGAGAUUUUAAAUUUCGAGAAUGAGCGCCACAAAACCAGAUGUGUUUUGGAAGAAUAUGAAGUAAGGCAACCAUCUGCUACCAUUGGCAACUUGUGUAUGAUGUUAGAUGCAAUUGGUCGUCAAGAUGUUCUCACAGAUAUGGAACCAUGGUUUGCUCGCGACUCUAACAUGGCUGUGGAACGAAGUCACUCAAGCAUGAGUUCUAAUUUCGACCUUAGUCCAAGUAGAUUGUUGUCAAGUCCAACUAGCUUGCCUAUUCAACAAAAUGCUGUAACUUCAUCAUGGAAUUUCGGAUCAACUUUUCCUGCCCAAGAAAAGCCUCCAAUUGACCAAGGAACAGCAGACAUUCAAAACAAAUCCUAUGAUGCAUUCUUGUUGUAUGAUGCUGCUGACAGCAAAUUUAUUCGGGAAGAAUUUUUGCCCAAAGUUGAAACUGAUGCAAAAAUCAAACUCUUUGUACCGGACAGAGAUUUAGAUGCAGGAGUUCAAGCUUUUCAGAGUCAGCUGGAGUUUAUGCUCAGAAGGUGUUCCAAACUUGUUGUCAUCUUAUCAGAUGAGUUCUUAAAGAACCCUGAUAGUCAGUGGUCGCUAAAUGUGGGCGUGUCUCUUGAUCCAGGCUCUAAAGGCAAAAAGAUCAUUCCAGUUAUUUACAAGAAGAUUACCGAGCCAAACUUGCUGGCCGGAAUCAACCCAUGCAACAGAACAAGGGUUCUAGAAGAUUCUUGGUUUUGGAACAGCGUUAUUCGGAGUUUGGGUGGGGUGCAAGACAAUAAAUAAACAAAGUUUUGAUGUAAAUUUUUCUUUAGGUAUUUGUACGUUUUUGUUUUCUAUACUAUAUUGCACUAUAUUCCAUUGUUCCUACCCGUAUGUUUGCCAAAUCGUCUUGUAUUGUUGCAGUCAAUAUUAUGUAAAUGUAUUUUUGUUACACAAUAGGCUAUUUAAAGCAAUGGGGAUUCCAGAAGUUUAACAAUUGUUAAUAUAGUGAGGUAAUCUGAAAGCAACAUUUAUAUGCUUUGUCUGACAAUACUGAGUUUACAAUUCAAUUAGUUACAUGUCUAAAUCACAGUUCCCAUGUCAGGCUUUGAGUAGGGACUCACCCAUAAAGAAUAGAAUAAUUAUGUUUAAUGUGACUUUCUAUUUUUAACUUUUCUCAUUAUAAGGUCUUAAAAGUGUAUACUUACAAUCAUACACAAUUUUUCUAACUCCAAUAACAUUUAAAAUGUAUUUUAAUUCAAACCCUUUGUAAAUUUGUUCACUGCCAUUGU